AGGACUUGCUCUUUCCCCCAAAUAAAAAUGGAAAAGUCCAUUUGCUACAAUUUUAUGCAGCAACGGCACCCUAUGUCUUGCAGCGACUACAGUUCUAUCACCUUUGGCUGCUGCCACGAGAUGUUCCACAAGUAUAGUGACGAUCAUGCACUUCAUCGAUUUGAAUCACCAAUGCCAUGGAUCGGCAUCUAUAUUGCAGCUGCAUCACUAGUCUGCUCCCUUGCAAUGGCUGCUGACGUCUUCCACGGGUUUCACCACAGAAAACUCUGGUUUCCGUGCAAAUUUUUCACUCUCAAUGCCGCUUCCCUCACAUUAUUAGCUGUAGCAAUGAAGCUGCCGGUGGAUCUAAGUACCAGCAUGACAACGGCUGAAGAUCAGCUUGCGAAACUUAGCAGCACCACUUUCAUGUCCACAGCAAUGGGUAAUUUUCUGCCGUCUUUCGGAACUAUGAAUGACAAAGAAAUUUUCGUGAACAUAACAGCCUUGGCUAUUUUCGUGAUCACCAUUUUUGUUAAUAUCUGCAUCCAAUUAACUACGCUGGUAAUAAAUCCUUUUUUCGUGGUAGAACACAUUGCAGCUCUGUCUUUCAUGCUUGUUUUGCUUGUAAUUUCGGGUUUCACAGCUUUGACUGUUUCCACCACUAAAAAGCGUUUACAACUGAAUUAUGAUGACAUGCACAAAAAAAAAUUGGUAGAUGAAUCAGAGGAAACCGAAAAGCUUACAAUUGAGAAAUUGAAAGAGAAUGUAAAAAAGUAUUGGAUGAUGGCAGAGACUAGUAGCCCACAAUUCGUUAUAGCUCGUUCUGUCACCUGCUAUGCUUCAGGGGCAAUCUGUUUGCUCGCUGUAGUCACUUUUGCAGAAGCGUACCUCAGGCUGCGCAAGAGUAACCCCGAGGAGUACAAAGCUUAUAAAGGGAGUAGUCUUGAAUCAGGCGGUUAUAGUUGGUCAACCAUUGUGGUUCUUGUGAUUCAGUGUUUUGGGGUGUUUGUAGGUACAAUUGCCCCAACAUUUAGAUCGUUUACAGCCAUAAGAUUAAGGUGCCCAGAGAAAAGAGUCAAGAGCAACAAAUCUGAAUUGAAAAUAGAGACUUACUGGAUCGAAAGGCUAGUAGGGUGGAGAGAGAGCCCCAUAGCUUUACAAGUUCGGGGCCAAAAAUUCAGAAAACUUGUUCAUAAAACCAAGAAUCUAAUUGUAAAUAUCUUUAUAGGAAUUCAAAUUAUGAUUGUCAAGGGCAGCAAAUUAAUUUUGGUCAUCUCUAUUUUCUUAACGAGUCUGUUGAUCUCAUUUGGGCAGAAGCUCGGAUGUAAACCAACCGUCUCAAACAAUUACACAGAACCUGAAUGGAGGGCUCGUACAAAACUAGAUCUUAGCCGUUAUGUUUUGUAUCUUGAAGGCGAGGAGGAACUUCCCUUACAGAUAAUGGAGAAUAACAGGGACGCGACCAAUCAUUUUAUUCAGAAGGGUAAAAAGCAGCAAUCAAAAUAUUUGAAAGAGCUUAUAGAUCGAUCUACUUCUUUUAUGGGAGUGGCCAAGUUUGAUAGUAACCAAGUUCCACCUCUAGCUUCUGAAGAACCUCCCAAUUGUUGGUCUCUUCCUGUGAUUACACUAACAAGUAUUGCCGUUGCACUUCCAAACAAUGAAAAUCACAAGGUGAACGAGUUGCUUCAAAGUGUGAGAGAAGGCCUCUUGUUUGUCAACCUUGUAGAAAAGAUUUUGGAUGCCAAAGGAGACUUGGUGAACAUCAAAAAUACUGCCGACAUAGUGUGGUUAGGAGUUGAUCUCUUCCGGAAGUGGCUAGAUGAAGAUCUCAGAAAAAUCGCUCUUGAAAGAAAAACCUCAAAGGAGACGCUGGAGAGACUUCUUGACAUAUCAAGAAGUAUUGUCAUGGAAUUCAAGGCAAACCUGAAUGGGAAGGAGAACCCUUUGAAGUGGCCCAUGAAGGUUAUUGCUGCUAAUUCAAUGUACAGAAUCAGCCAAACUUUGCUGCUAGACCAAGAAGGCAGCAAAGAUCGGAUGGAUCAUGAAAGACUGUUUGAUCAAUUAUCUGUUAUGGUUGCCGAUAUAUUGGGUGCUUGCCUUACCAACAUGCCACGUGUUAUAACUACAAAAUGCUUUUGCAGUGCCAUAGAAGAAAGGGAGAAAAGUGUUCAGCAUGCAGCUCAUCUUCUUGGUGAAACUGAAGAGAUUCUCGAAAUCCUUCAACAGCGUGAACUUCCUAGUCUGAAUCCUGAUCAGGCGGCUGAUAUCGAUGAGUGGCGUGCUUCAAUGAAGAAGAAAGAUCCCUCGGCUUUUACUUCUUCAUCCAACAGUGGUUCAUCCUCUUCUGGUUCUUGUCAGUUGCAUAUAGCUAUUGAGUAGGUGGGAUGCUUGAGAAAACACAAGCACAUUAUGCCAUCGCUAGUGUUUGGAUUUGUUGGAAAUCAAGGAGUGUAGUGUGAGCUGUAGUGCAGUUUGGAGUUGCUGGAGGUGUUUUUGGGAUCCUGUUUCCUUUUGCUGGUGGUGUAAUUUUCUUUGCAUCUUAUUUUUUGUUUGGCUGUUCCUUUCUGUAAUAUGGUGAAAAUCUAGUUCAAUAGCCUUUGUAGUGGUGAUUGGACAUCAUAUAAUAAACACAGAAAAUGUAGGUGGAUUUCGUCUAUUUUAUAUAUAUAU